AUGACGUGCAUUAAUUUCACUGUCAGGUCGUCUUGUCAAUCCAAUACUCACUCGUCAGAGGAUGUGACGGCCGGACGAAUGGAGUUGUUUGGAUUCUCGAUUGACCCCUCGACCAUGUUUGAUGUGCAUAUCAAACCAAUUCAAGAAAGUAAACGACACCUUCUAAGCUGCCUUCACAUAAUAACGCUCUACAACCGCCUCAAACGGGUCAAGGCUGGUUUGGAUGACUACACUGUCGUCCCCAGGACUGUCAUAAUUGGGGGGAAGGCUCCUCCCGGCUGCAGAAUUGCAAAACUCAUCAUCAAACUGAUAUGCAAUGUGGCUGUUGUGGUAAACAGUGAUCCGGAGACCAAUAAAUACCUGAGAGUGUUUGUCCUUCCGGAUUAUAAAAAGUCGUUUGCAGAGAAAAUGGUCCCUGCAGCUGAUUUGAGUGAAAAACUCUCACUCGCAGGAACUAAAGCGUCUGGAACAGGAAACAUGAAAUUUAUGGUUGGUCAGUUGAUUUAUUGCCAGUUGAACGUGGCUGUCACUCUGGGGACGUUUGAUGGGCCCAAUGUAGAAAUGGCCGAACAGGUUGGGAUGGAAAAUAUAUUUAUAUUCGGAAUGACAAUCCACGAAGUUAAGGAAAAUUACUCUUCUGGGUAUUUUAUGCCAUUUGAAGUUUGUACUUGCAAAUUGAAUUAUGCAGAUGACAUUUGA